AUGGAAGAAACUCAUAGCCCACCAAUUAGCCAUCCAACACAACCUGCCCAAAGUAUUGUGUCUCGUCUACAGAACGACACAGCCUACAGAUGGCGGGUUAUACAAUCUUGCCUGUUUGCAUUAACAAGUUUCACAAUGGGCAUCGUUGUCGCUCAACAAGGACCAACAUUUUUGGACCUGCAGAUUAUCACAGGGACUGAUGUGGAGACGGCCUCAUAUUUCUUUACUGUAGCAGCGUUUGGUCACAUGGUUGGAUCCUUGAUCAGUGGCUUUGUGCACGGCAAGGUCAACAACAACGUCCUCAUGACCUUUCUCCUCAUCGGUGUGGGGGUCAUGACGCUCACCACGCCAUACUGCUCACAUUUCGCACUCAUGCUUGUCAUUAUGUUUUUCGCCCGCGUGUUCUCAGGAAGUCUGGCCAAUAUCGUGAAUGCUGAGCAUAUGCAUAUAUGGGGCAGUGAUAAUCAACCUCUUCUACAAGCCGUACAUUUCACAUUUGCACUAGGAGGGGUUCUCACACCAUUAUUUACAGAGCCCUUCCUAGCAGAGAAAGAAACAGGGAACAGUACCAGUAGAACAGAGGGUGAACCUACAAUUUUUAUGAACUCAACAAGUCAGUGGAAGCAAGAAAAUACAUCCAACAUAACAUGGUUAGCUACCAAUGGUACCAUAUCUAUGUCUGUGUAG